AUGAGUGACGCCGAAAAUCCUUCCGCAAAUGACUCUGAGGAGAUCAAACCCAUCAAUUUUGAAUGGACCCCCGAACUCGUCAAAAUCGGGACCUCGCGCGGUGGGAUUCAUCCGUCGAUUGGCCCUCUCGAAUCCAAGGGCUACUUCACGGAUUGCACGUACAGGCCCGGUAUGGCACUACCAGACCCUGCUGAUACACGAGAGUGUCUGAGGUGGGCUGGACUAUCCGACAAGUCGAUCGUUGAGGUAGAACAAAAGUUCAAUGAUCUCUAUCCAGAUUACCAAGGACCCACUUGUGGGUAUGAGGAGAAACAUUACCGAACCGGCGCCCACGAUAUCAAAUUCCCUAAGGUUGAAAAAAUGUUAAAGUUAUUCGUUCAAGGAAUGUUCGAUAACAAAGAUGAGUUUGAAUACACUCAUAGUGAGUCUCCCUAUUAUAUAUUAGAGGUAGGCUCGUUACUAAUCAAAAUAGAGGGUUAUAUCGAGCAGGGUAUCCGGCUAGGAAUUCGGCUAGAAUUUGCGAUAUUCUGUGGGCUACAUAAGGACGAUCCCCGAGCUAUUGAUGACCCCGAUCUAUUUGAGAAAUCAUGGUUUUCUCAAGGCCCAGCAGGUAUCAUGAGUGAUACCCUUAUCCCUUUUUGGAUGCAGGUCGAAGACUUUAUGGCAUCGAGGUUAGUGUAUGAGGGGAAGGCAUGGGAGGAUGGCUGUGGGACAUGGUUGAUACACGAGGGAGAAACCUUAGAACAAGCACAGGCGAGAGCCGAUGAAGAAUAUGAGAUGCUAACUGAGAAAGCGCGGGAGGAUGAGAAAAGAGAACGGAAAGAGGAAAGAGAGAAGUGGGCAAGGCUGGAAGCGGAAGAGGAAGCAAUGCUGGUGGAGCAAGAAAGACUGGAGGAUGAGAUGCUUAAACAACAGAGCAUAGAGAAAGCCGCUCAGCCGAAAGAUGGCGAAGAUAUUGAGUGA